AUGGGGAGGGGGAGGUUUAUGACGCCGAGGGUUGAGGGGACGGGGGUUGAUAUGGUGGAAGCGGGGAGGGGAGGGGUGAGGGUUGCGGGACGAGAUGCGUUUAGGAAUUCUACGCUGGUGAGACCGCAGCUUGUGCAUAUGAUGUCUGCGCCUGCGAGUUUGGGACGGGAUAAGACGGUUGUGGAUGGUUCUCGAGAACCCAAAUCGGAUACAGUCCAGCUAAAUAGGCACAACACAUCUCAACACUCCUCCCUCAACCUCGCCGUCCUGCCGCACCCGAAAGUCAAACCCAGCUCUCCGACACUGAAGACGCCUACCUUCCCAAGCCCACUCCAUACCCGAGGACCUCCUAUAAAAACAUCAGGGAACUGGGAGACAGGCAUCCCGCUUGAAGAGUUGAAUCGUGAUGGUUCCCUUUUAUCAACCAGGAGUGGAGGGAGAAUCGUUCCGAGGGACAAUGUGAGAGGGAGAGUAGAGAAAGAGAAUCCAUUUGCUGAUUCGUGGGCUGUGGUGUGA